UUCAGUGACCUUUCAAUUCUGACCUUUUGCAAACAUGGACGGAUCUAUUAGUUGAAGAUCUAUUCCGUGUCAUUGUGUCAUUUAACUUACUUAAGGAUUCAUUAGUCUGCAUUUUGAUUACCGAUUGCUAGAAGCUGGCCCUCUUCUUGUUUGAUCGUAUGCUUACGGAAGAACAAUCUGCUUUCCUGUAAUCUCGCCAGGUGGAUUGUACGUCCGUCAUCAGAACGCCAACAGAGGCCUUCAGAGGUUGACAAUGACGCUGCACUAGUUUACAGAAAGGCACGUGGUUGCCGGUCUACAAAAGCUUUUAAAAGCCAACUGUUCAACAGUGGUCAGUUUUUAAUAAUGUACACUUUAUUGACAAAUAGAACAGCAGUGAGGGUAAUCAUCAACGAGGUUUUAAUAUAGCCUCAUAUACAAAAUGAUGAUGUCACUGAUGCCAACAAAGAACGAGUAAAAGUGUGCAGAUGAUUUGGUAUCGUCAAACAAGCACAAGUUCGAACUAAAAAAAAAUAUUUUACACAACUAAGAAGGACAAUUAACAGGAAGAAUACUAACUAAAUAAUAAAUGCAAAAAAACCAGAGGGAAAGUCACUGGAGAGAAUAAAGUGUUGACUAUAAAUAUUAUUGGGUGCUGCAAUGUUCCUUCUGUUGCUACUUGCUUUAAAUAAACCAUUCAGCAAUUUCUAUGGAAGUUCAGUCAAUAGCACCCACAAUGACCAUAAAGGAGAAAUGUCACCUAACAACAAUAUAUGUACACAACCUCACAUUGGGCCUGAUUAACUGGUAUAUAACCAGGAAUACGUUGAAACUAAUGAAUAGAAUACAAUAAACUAAAUGAUUUUGGCUCUCUAUUCCAGUAGUUAUUUCAUAAAGCUAUCCAGUUAUCGGAGCCAGUCCAUUUCUUCUUAUUUAUGUUAGUACAAUAUGUGACUUUAUAUUGUUUCUGUUUCAUUUAUGCAGUCUUUCUUUUCAUAAAAUUGCACACGGUCCAUCCGGGAUAUUGGUAAUAUAACAACAGCAGAUGACAGUUUAUUGUAAGUGAAAACAACAACACAACAAGAGUUGGUUGAUAAACGUUGUAUUCAUAGAGGGACGGUCUGUGAAUUGUAUCUCGCGCAUAAUGAUGACGCCCGUCUUUGUGUAUACACGUGACCUCUUUUAACCAAUCAGAAAGGUGUCUCAGCGAACACUCAGCGGGGCACGCGAGGACGAACCAACGGCUAUUCCUUCACUCGGAAAGCUGGUCUUUUGCUCACCAUGAAUACGUCCGCUAAAAAACGGCGACAAAAUCAUGUCAAGCCCGGCUCAAAAACGUCCAAGAGCGCAGCGAGCAUGCUCUCAGGCGGCCAGACGGCCGAAAUCGGAGUCGAGGGUAGUUUUGUGGAGGGAUCCAUACUUCGCAUCAGCAUGAAAAACUUCCUGACCUACGACUACUCUGUGCUGUAUCCGGGACCCAAUCUGAACAUGAUUGUUGGAGCCAAUGGAACUGGCAAGUCGAGCAUCGUGUGUGCCAUCUGUCUGGGUCUGGCUGGCAAGACCUCUAUCCUGGGCAGAGGCGACAAGGUUGGGCUCUAUGUCAAACGUGGGUGCAAUAAAGGAUUCAUUGAGAUUGAACUGUUCAAGCCUGGUGGGAAUGUAGUGAUUAACAGAGAGAUCCACGUGGAGAACAAUCAGUCACUGUGGAUGCUGAAUGGAAGACACUGCAACCAGAAAUCAGUGGAAGAAGAAGUCAAGGCUCUGCGAAUCCAAGUCGGCAACCUCUGCCAGUUUCUGCCUCAGGAAAAAGUGGGAGAGUUUGCCAAGAUGUCCAAAAUUGAGUUGCUGGAGGCAACUGAGAAGUCAGUGGGACCACCAAAAAUGCACGAGUACCAUUGUGAGCUAAAAAACUAUCACAACAAAGAACGAGAACUGGAGAACGUUUUGAAGGAGAAAGCCAGUUUCCUGGAAAAAGCCAAGCAGAGGAACGAGAGGAACAAACACGAUGUGAACCGUUACUACGAAAAGAAGAGACAUCUGGACGUGAUUGAGUUGCUUGAGAAGAAGAAGCCGUGGGUGGAGUACGAGACCACCCGUAAGGAGUUUGAGGGCGCGAAGAAGGAGCGAGACAAUGCCAAAAAGCAGCUCACUGCCCUGAAGCAGGCCCAGGCGCCAAUGCUGGCGAAGAUCCAGCUGAUCGAUAACCAGUUGAAGCCCACAGAGGCACAAAUAAAGUCUAAGACUGUCCACAUCAAAGAAGCUUCUCUGAAGUGCAAACAGAAACAAGAGCAGCUGGAACGGAAACACAAAGAGGUAGCCGAUAUCAAACAGACACAAAGGCUGAAGCAGAUGGAGGAGGAAGACCACCAGAAGCGAAUCAGCAACACCAGACGGACCAUCGACGACCUGAAGGCGGAGCUCGCCAAAGUUGCCGACCAACCCGACAUGACCCCACGAAUCAACGCUGUGAAUGUCGAGCUGAGGAACAUCCGGGAGGAGAGAGCCAAGACCGAAGGAGAGAAGGCCGACCUACGCAGGGAGAAAGACAACCUCUACGCCGAGUCCACACUGUUGGUGAGAAAGCUCAGUGACAUGAACAACAUGAUGAACGCCAAAGAGGAGAAGCUGCAACGACGCCACAGGGACACGCACACUGCCCUCCAGUGGCUCCGGCACAACAGACACCUCUUUGCUGGGAACGUCCAUGAGCCCAUGAUGCUGGUGAUCAAUGUGCGAGAUCAUCGCUUUGCUAAGUUCGUGGAGAACCACAUCUCGUUCCACGAUCUGAGGGCGUUUGUCUUCCAGAGAAAAGACGACAUGGAGAAAUUCAUGACCGAGGUCCGUGACAAGAUGAACUUGAAAGUGAACUCCAUCUCUGCUCCGGAAGAUUUGUGCUUUCGGCGCCCGCCGUCGCGAAAUAUUGAGUCCCUGAGACGUUUCGGGUUCUUCACCUACCUACGCGAGAUGUUCGACGCCCCCGAUGAGGUGAUGAGUUACCUCUGUCACCAGUACAAGGUGCAUGAUGUUCCUGUGGGCAAUGACCAAACUAAAGCCAUGAUGAAAACGGUGAUCGAGGAGCCCUACCUCCGGGUGUUCUACACAACAGACGAGAGGUACACACUGAAGAGGUCCCACUACUCCAACAAGAUCAGCACCAGCAACUCUGCGGUGCACCCGUCCCAGUACCUCACCAUCACCGUGGAUGCUGAAGCGAAGCGGCAGCUGGAGCAGCAGAUGAAGACCUGUGAGGUGAAGUUACGAGACAUCGAUGAGCGGAUAAAGGUCCUGCAGGCGGAGGCCGCCACACUGGAUCGCCGUGACAACGAGUUGUUGGCCGAGAAGAAGCACCUCUCUGAAGUCAAGGGCAAAAAGAGGCAGCUGGAGCAGAAGAUCAGUACGAAGCAGGACAGUUUGGGGCAGAUGGAGCACGGCGUCAUCGACCUGCAGAAGAUCGAAGAGGAAACUAAGGAAAAAAUUGCUGGUGUCAAUUCCCAGAAAGUGUCCAUAGUCGGAGCGUUCAUGGUCAACAUGAAGCUGAGAUCCACGCUGUCCAUGGAGAAGGUGUUCCUGGCUCUGGAGACGGUGGGUCUGAUGGCUGAGAAGGCUAAGCUGGAGAACGAUUGUAGAGACGGCACCUCUGAACUAAAGAACAUCGUGGAAAUAUGUAGCCGCCUGGAGCAGAGGAAGGUGCAGCUGACGGCACAAUGCAAAGGCCUGCUGAAGAGAGCGAUGACCAUUUGCAAGAUGAAGCCUGAAGAAUCGUUACCCGAAGACCUUCGUAACGCUUUCAGCAAGCUGCCUGACACACUCGACGAGAUCGACGCCACGCUGAAUGAGGAGCGGGCCAGAGCCGAGUGCUUCACUGGCCUCAGUGAAAAUGUUGUUGACGAGUACAACAAGAGAGAGCAGGAGGCCAAACAUCUGGAGAAAGAGCUGGAAGACCAGAGCACCGCUCUGGGCGCGUACCGGCAGAACAUCUCCGAGGUAUGGCGCAUGGCGCUGCGGGGGGGUCCUCUGGCUCAUGUCAAUCAUGUGGUGAAUUUAAGCUGGAUGACGGGACAUUUGACGUAGGAGGACCAGGGCCCCGGG